UUUGUGUUGAAUUUCUGGGAAGACUUGAUUCACAUCUCGAGAUCACCAGAAUUCUCCAGCUGUGGAAGUAUCAAUCCGACCCGAGCACAAUGACAGGAGGCAGAAGCAGGCAGAGGUCUCAUUCCUAUUACAACCCUGAGGACAGCAAGACAUAUGGAGUACAGACACAGACUAAAGAGACGAGUCAAAGACCACGGUCAAGGUCUUUUUACAGUUAUGAAACAUCAGAGCAGGACUCUGACAAUGAUUUGGGACACCUAUCGGUGUCCAGUCCACUGAAGCAGAAGGCGAUUGCUCCACCCCAGCAUACUGUGCACAAAAAUGAAAAGUCCAAGUCCAAACCGAACAAGCACUUACAAUCAAGAGACCUGAAUGGCAGCAGAGGCAGUCUCAAGUGUGUGUCCAUGAUGACUAUCUCUGAGUCGGACAACUGGGAGAUCUGCUCCAGUUCUGGCAUGAAAUAUGGUCAGUUUGUUGACUGGGAGAAGAUCGAUCCGGAAGCUGCAGAACGGUACCAGCAGAUAUUGGAAAGUGAGCACCAGCAGCUGAAGGCCAUGGGAAGAGAAGGAUUCUGGGCUACGCCUCAUACACUGAGGGCAAAGGCUUACUAUCACAUCAUCCAUGGCAUCCAUUCCAGGUGUGUCAAUCCAGAAAGAGACGUCUACUAUGAACUCAGCAGGAAGUUGUUUGGAGAACAAAAACUCAGCACCCACCCAGUUCCAGAGUACAUGGAGGCAGGAGAAAUACCAAGGUACUGCCUCAGUAAGGCGGGUCUCAAUUCUGUUAAAAAGAUUCUUCUCUGCCUGGGGAGGUACUUCCCUGACAUGAACUUUUGCCCCAUCGUCCCUGCUUUGGUGGCGCUCAUCUUACACUUCAGCCAGGACGAAGCGGAAUGUUUCUACAGUGUUUCCAGACUGAUUUGCUACAACGACCCAAAUAAGCGUUACAUUGACCAGACCUUUCUCACAUACCGAGCCUCGUGCAUGACCUUUGGAGACCUUGCCAACAGGUGUUGCCGGGGCAUCCGGAAGUUGAUCGCCAGUUCUCACCAGAACCUUUUUGAGUUUUACUCCGAUUGGAUCAUGUGGAUCUUUGCUGAUCUUCCAUUCACAUAUGCCAUCAGAGUGCUUGAUGUUUACCUCCUGGAGGGCUACAAGGUUCUUUACAGGGUGGCGUUGGCUUUGCUGAGCCUCUACAAAGUGUCCGUGUCGUCCAGAGUUGCAGAUGUGGAGGAUUUCCGAACCGACAUGAAAAGGUUCGUGCAGAAUGUGGCUCGCCACUGCACGAUUGAGAAUCUUUUGGGAAGAGCCUUCCUGGUUCCCAUUGCCACGAGGAGAGAACUCAACCUCCUCUUCAAAGCCAACAAGGUCUCCCUUAUGCAAAAAGGGGUCAGCAUCCACCAGAAGAGGCAAUCAGUGGAUACAGUGGACUUCAGCAACCUUAGCUCCAGUGUUGUGACAGCGACAGAGAUGAGAGUGGUCUGGGCCUGGAUACCGGAACGCUUUGCCCUUUUCAGUCCCAUUAAGUUGUUCAGCACAACAGAACACGGAGGAAGUCUCGCUUCGUUCUAUUAUCAUGUGGAGGGCCAUGAACCCGCAGUGUUAAUCAUCAAAACAGUGGAUGAAGAGGUCUUCGGUGCCUUCAUUUCAUCAGAUAUGACAGAGAGGCACAAGUACGACACCGAUAAAGCAACAUUUUUUGGAACGUGCGAAUGUUUUGUUUUUACGCUUCGUCCCAGCAUGGAGCGCUACCAGCGAGCCAUGGUCAACAUAAUGACCAGGAAAGUCUGCCCUCAGCAGGCUCAGUUCAGCUCCCAGACCUCCUCCAACACAACUCUGACGUGUCCUGCUGGGACACCCCAAGACCCCAGCUACUUGACCAUCCCUUUCACUGCCCCCUCACGGGAACCAUUUACUGCCAAGGACCCAAAGAGGGCCAAGGAACAAGAAGCUUCCAAGUUCAUAGCCUGCAGUGACGAACAGCUCAUUAUUGGUGGGAACGGAGGCUAUGCGCUCUGCCUUCAGCAGAACCUCGAGGCAGGCUACACAGAGACUUGUGACGCAUUCAAAAGCCUGCCACUCUGCAAAGGACAUUUCAAGAUCCAGUCUCUGGAAGUGUGGGGAAUCCAGAACUCCAUUUACUUUUCUCACUAUUUUUCCUCCCAGCAAAACAUAUAGUUCUUCUGUGUCAUACCUUUUACGUUUACGUUUUUGUUUUACUGAUUUUUUUUAAAGAUUUUUUUAAAAUAUAGUACACUGGUUGAAAUUACUUUACUGUGUCUUUCUAAUAUCAAAACAAAUGCCCUCGGGGAUUUCAAACCCACACAAAACAGGCUGAGGUGGAGAGGUCAGCCGGUCAGCGACUGUGUGUGGACAAACAGUGGAACCUGCAGUUUUGAGUGUGUGUGUGUGUGUGCUUGCGAGUGAGAGACUUUCGGUUUAAUUACACUACAUAAAGCUAGUUUAUUUCUUUACACAUAUAAAAUAUGGAUAUAAAAACAAACAAAAAAUAAUAUUCUCUUAUAUAAAAGAAUAUUCUCUUAUAUUUGAAAUAAUUUUCUAAAUAUAAUUACAUUUUGAAUAGAUACGACACAAGAUAUUUGUAACGUAACUGUGAUCAGUCGAAACGACAAAUAGAGAUGUCUGUGAUUCAGUUUUGCCAAGUCGAAAGUGAAUAACAGAUAUUUGCAAUGCCGUUUCACUCAUGACAAACAAUGUCACUUUUGCCAUUCAUACGUACGGGAUUUGCAAUGCAGUUGCCCACAGUUGCCAGUGAAAUAAUGACGUUGGAGAUAUCUGAAAUGACAAUUGUGGAUAGGAAGCAUGUAAUUGAGGAUAUCUGUUCUUUUUGACUAGGCAAAACUCAUUUACACAAUUAGUCACAUCCACUUGCAGUCUAGGUAGAGGCCUGCCAGAGAGAUGGAUAAUGCAAAGAUAUUGUUAUUGUACAUGUGCAAUACAAUUUGGGCAGAGCAAGCCUUCAGAUGCCUAAAAAAAGAAACAUGCACAAAAUACACAAUAUGCACAAGAUAUAUAACAACAAUAUAAAAGAGGUACACAACAGUAAGUAAAUUGAAGUGACAAA